AUGUCGGGCGGCUUUGAACCGUUCGCCCUCUCUGAAGAAGAUGUGCUGAAGCUUAUUGCUACGCAAGCUCACAUCGGCUCCGCUAAUGUGGACUUCCAAAUGGAGCAGUAUGUUUACAAGCGUCGUUUCGAUGGAACAUACAUUAUUAAUCUGAAGAAAACUUGGGAGAAGCUUCUCUUUGCGGCUCGUGCCAUCGCUGCCGUUGAGAAUCCCGCUGAUGUGGUCGUUGUCUCAGCUCGACCAUAUGCUCAGAGGGCCCUCCUCAAGUUCGCUGCCCAUACUGGUGCUACUGCAAUCUUCGGCCGAUUCAGUCCUGGAUGCCUCACCAAUCAGAUCCAAAAGUCCUUCAAGGAACCUCGACUUCUGGUCAUUUCUGACCCUCGUGUGGAUCACCAGGUUGUCACUGAAGCUUCGUACGUCAAUGUGCCUGUUAUCUCUUUCUGCAACACCGAAUCGCCACUGAAGCUGAUCGAUAUUGCUAUUCCUUGCAAUAAUAAGGGAGAGCAGUCGAUUGGACUCAUGUGGUGGCUGCUGGCUCGUGAAAUUCUGAUCCUUCGCGGAAAAAUUUCUCGCCAAACCGGAUUUGUUCUUGACGAUAAGGAGAUCAUGCCUGAUCUGUACUUUUACCGUGAUCCUCAAGAAUCCGAGAAGCAGGAAGCCGCUGAGAUUAUGCCCGAAGUUAAACCCGACUAUGAAGUACCAAGUGAGGCCGUCGAUUUCACUGCUCAGCCAGAAAUCAAGGAUUGGGCUUCGGAAACCGCAACAUGGAACCCCGGAAGUAAGCCAGGAGAGCCCGCUGGUGAAUGGGGAGCUGGCGCGCCUACGACUUCAUGGUGA